AUGGCGUUUGCAACAGAUAUGGUAGGAAGGAUAGAAGAUGCUGCUGAUUUUCUGAAGCGCAUAAUGUUCGCCGACGAAGCAUCCUUUCAUGUUUCUGGCAUUGUUAAUCGCCAUAAUGUGCGCAUAUGGGGAUCUGAAAACCCCCAUGAGUACCGUGAAACAGAAAGGGAUUCCCCAAAGGUUAAUGUGUGGUGUGCUAACACAAGUAAAUUGGAUGGUUUGCCCACUCGAGAGUAUGCCACGUAUCUGUGUAAAAAACAUGAUGUUCCAGACGCUCCACAAAAUCUUGAAAUACAUGACGUUAGCAGUAGAUCAGUUAGACUGACAUGGAAUCGUCCAUUUGAUGGGAAUUCCCCGAUUUUACGUUAUUCUUCUGCUUGGAGAAAAGUAGAUGAACAAAUCUCAGCAGAACCAUUAACUGUGCCAGGGGAUGAAACAGCUGUUAUCAUAAGAGGUCUAAACCCAAAAACUCGCUAUUUUUUCCGAGUAAAGUGCGAAAAUGCUUUAGGAGAUAGUCAAUAUGGAGCUGAAGUUGCCAUAACAACUCUGGAAGAACCACCAAGGGAAGCUACUAUAGGAGUUAAAGCUAUACCCGUUUCCUCACGAGCUGUCAAUGUUUCUUGGCAAAGGCCAAUUCGAUCUGAUGGAGGAGGAAGUGUAGACGGUUUUUACGUCGGCUUCAAAACUAAAGGAAGCUCUGAAACCUACACUUUUAAAUCAGUGGUGAUGACAGAAGACAUCACGCAACACUAUGUUCUUUACAAUUUGAAUAGAAAUACAGAAUAUAUCAUCAUUGUUCAACCGUUCAAUAGUAGGGGAGCUGGUCCUCCCUCAGAAGAAAAAGAAAUUAGAACAAUGGAAUUUGAUGCACCUGGGAUGCCGGCAAUUAAAUCUUACUAUACAACUUCCAAAACAGUAAAACUAUCAUGGGAGAUAAGCGUAACCUCGAACGCUCCUGUUUCAGGAUAUAUUUUGUAUAAACGAAUGGAAGGUAGUAUGUGGCAGGAAAUAAAGCUGAAAGGAGGCCACAAAGAAUAUUUAUUCCAAGACCUUCAAUGUGGUACAAAAUAUUACUGCUACGUUAUUGCAUUCAACAGCGCUGGCAAGGGAAAUAGUAGUGAAACGAUUUCUGUUAAAACUGAUGGAAAUGCUCCUAUAGCUGCGGACAAGAGACUACUUUUAAACCUAAACUACACGACACUCUUCAUAAAUUUAAAUAGUUGGCACAACGGUGGAUGUCCCAUUCGAUUUUUCAUUGUACAAUACAAGGCAAAUGGUCAGCAGGAUUGGACAUUGGUGAGCAACAAUAUUAUACCAGAGCAGCAGAAUAUAACUAUAAUGGAUUUGAUUCCGGGAACUUGGUAUACAUUGCUUAUGACAGCUAGAAAUGAUGCAGGUUCCACUGAUGCUGAAUACAUUUUUGCAACAAUGACAGCAAGCGGAGAAUAUCCUCCAAGACCAUCAGAAAUGGGUGAAGCUGGAAGCUUGUUUUACAAACACCUUUUAAUUACAGUUCCAAUUGUGAGUUCUGCAAUCGUCCUUAUUGUAGUUCUGUGUGUUGUAUACUUCAUAACUAGGCGUAGGUCAUCGGACAGAAGAACUUUGUCCUCUGAUGUCGCAGAAGGAAGUGAUCCUAUUAAACCAGAAUCUUUGCCAUUAUCAUCUACGUAUGAAACUGCUCAAGAGCCAGCAUAUUUCCCAACUCCUUACGCAGCAAGCAGGGUAACAGGCUAUAGCAGAGAAUCCUGUGUUCAUCCCUGUAAGGGUAGUCAACAGAAUAUGGGGACAUUUGGUAGCACUAGGAGUGGAUACACAUAUGAUAUUCCAUAUCCUCCUAGAAAGAUGGAAAAAUCUGAGAAGACUUAUGCUUCACCAAUAUUGUAUUGUCCUCCUUAUGCAAAAGAUAUUAAUUUUCACCCGAGAAUAUCAGUUGUAGAGAGUAGAAGACAAAGAAGAAGUUUAUCGUGGAGAGGUGUAGAUGACAGUCCAUCGAGUGGUGAGUCCGAUGAUGGUCAAAUUUUACAAACAAAAGAAAAUCUCUUUGUGAAAGAAGAAUCAAGAGAAUCUGAAACAGAAUGCGAUAGAAUAUGGAAAUCUUUAGAAGAGUGCAAAUAUGAAGCAAAUAAACGAUGGGUUGAACAUGCUGUUUCCAUUCUUUCUUAAUGAAUGAUAUAUAUACGAGACAAAUUAAAGAUAAUAUACUUGUUUGAAGGAUUGAAAAGGCCAAUUUUUACGAGAUAUCCAUUGGGACGAUCCAGCUGUCAAUAGUUAGAGUGGAGAAAAAUACCCCAGAGCUUAUGUUCCUGAAAUGCUAGUCCACAGAAUGAAAUUUACUGUACUUUUAUCUUUGAUAUAAAUAUUUAUUUAUUAAAUUUU